ACAUCUCACCAGGGAAAACCCCAUUUUCCUCUAUGGCUUCAUCACUCCUAUCAUGUUCUAUGCCAAAUCCCAUCAUGAGCUCUGCUACUUUCGUCACAGACCCUAUCCCCCACCCCUGUAAUUCUUUGCCUUUGUUGAAAUCAAAUCCCUCUACUACUACUCCAUUGUCCCAAACUUACCUGCAAUCCGGGCCGGCACCGGAUUCGGUAAAUUAUGCUGCCAAGUCAAGAACGAGGACGAUAACUAGUGCAAAAUCCGUAGUCUCGAAGCUGGCAAGUGCUUGGAGAGACAUCCAAGGUUUGAACAACUGGGAAAACUUGGUUGAACCCUUAGACCCUCUGCUGAGGCAUGAGAUCAUUAGAUAUGGAGAGCUGGUAGCUGCCUGCUACAAGGCAUUUGAUCUCGAUCCCAGCUCCAAGAGGUACUUGAACUGCAAGUAUGGUAAAAGAAGCAUGUUGAGAGAAGCGGGGUUGGCGGAUUCGGGCUAUGAAGUCACCAAAUACAUAUAUGCGGCAGCGCCGGAUAUCAACAUCCCUAUCCAAACUGGGGCUGCUAGAUGGAUUGGAUAUGUGGGCGUGGCCUCAGAUAGGGAGGUGAAGACACUAGGUAGGCGGGAUAUAGUCAUCACAUUCCGGGGGACGGUGACGAACCCCGAAUGGCUAGCUAACCUAAUGAGCUCACUAACGCCAGCCCGGCUGGAUCCGCACGAUCCGAGGCCGAAUGUGAAGGUGGAGGCCGGGUUCUUGAGCUUGUACACUUCGAAUGAAAGCGGUAGCAGGUUCGGGCUGGAGAGCUGCCGAGAGCAGCUACUGUCGGAAGUGUCUAGGUUAGUGCACAAGCAUAAAGAUGAAGAAAUAAGCAUUACUCUUGCAGGGCACAGCAUGGGGAGCUCAUUGGCUCUCCUUCUAGCAUACGACAUCGCAGAGCUCGGGUUGAAUAAACCUAGCAAUAACGGGUCCGAGAAGGAGAUUCCGGUGACGGUGUUUUCGUUUGGAGGGCCAAGAGUUGGUAAUUCGGGCUUCAAGAAGAGGUGCGAAGAGUUGGGAGUGAAAGUUCUUAGAGUAGUGAAUGUGAAUGACCCCAUCACAAAGCUACCUGGGGUUGUUUUCAAUGAGAAUUUCAGGGGUUUUGGUGGGGGGUUUGAGUUCCCAUGGAGCUGUUCUUGUUAUGCCCACGUAGGGGUUGAGUUGAUGCUCGAUUUCUUCAAGAUGCAUAAUCCCUCUUGUGUUCAUGACCUGGAAAACUAUAUUGGGUUGCUCAAGUGUCCUAAGAGUUGGCAUAGGGAUCAUGAAUUGGGAAAUCUGAUGGAGAGGGCAAAAGGGUUGUUCUUCGGAGGCGUACAAGGAUUGGACCACUUGCAUUGGAGAAAUGCAGCCAUUAAUAUGGUGAAUUUGUUUCAGUCCCAAUGGACAUGA